AUGGAUGUGGCAGCGGUAGAGGGGAUGUCUCUGCCGGGUAUCCGACUCCGGAACCGGCCGCCGCAAGGGAUGGCGAGCCAGAGGAAGGUCCGGGCGAGGCGGAAAAGGCGAAAGGAGUUGGUGUUGAUCCAGAUCUGCUUGUUCGGAGGCUUGGUGCUGCUCGUCAAGGGCUUCUCCUUCUUAGGGGAGAAUUCAGGUUUUGACAUCUCGAGCCGGAGACGCGAGGACCAGGAGAGAUGGGGAGGAAGGAGGCUACUGCAGGAAAUGGACAACAGCAGCCUGGAGGAAAUAGAGGGUGAACAAUCUAAGAACUGCACGGCUCCAGCUCUGCACGAGUUCCCUACAGACCUGUUCACAAACAAGGAGCGGACAGAAGGAGCCGUGGCCCUGCAUGUCCUGUGUACCAUUUACAUGUUCUGUGCCCUGGCUCUGGUGUGUGAUGACUACUUCGUCCCCUCCAUGGAGAAGAUAUGUGAGCGUCUCGAUCUCAGUGAGGACGUAGCAGGCGCCACCUUCAUGGCCGCCGGCAGCUCGGCUCCUGAGCUCUUCACGUCAGUCAUAGGGGUUUUCAUCACCAAAGGCGAUGUCGGCGUAGGGACCAUUGUGGGCUCAGCCGUCUUCAACAUCCUCUGCAUCAUUGGUGUGUGUGGCUUCUUCGCCGGCCAGGCCGUGAAGCUCUCUCACUGGGCUCUACUCCGAGAUUCCAUUUAUUACACGUUUUCUAUCUUGGCCCUCAUCGCGUUUAUCUACGAUGAGAAGGUUUGCUGGUGGGAGUCCCUUAUCCUGAUUCUCAUGUAUGCUGGCUACAUCCUCAUGAUGAAGUUUAACGGCCGGGCGCAUCGUUACUUUGACCGUCGAAAGAAGAGCUCUUCAAGUCUGGCCAAUGGGCUGACAGGAAGCACCGAUCUGGAGGACAAUGUCACGUGUGAUGCUACUGCAGUCCUGCUCAAGAAAGCUAACUUCCACUGUAAGCCAUCAGUGCUGAUGGUGGAUGAGCUGCUGUGUGCAUACCCCCACCAGCUGUCCUUCUCUGAGGCCGGCAUGAGGAUCAUGAUCACCAAUCAUUUCUCCCCCAGGACCCGUCUCACCAUGGCCUCCCGCAUGCUCAUCACUGAGAGACAAAGAGUGAUCAACACUUCAGAGACUCGAGUCAACCGCGUCACCAAUGGCGACUCAGACUCAGCGGCCAGGAGUCAGGGGAGGCGGGGCUUGGAGAAUGGGAUGGGCGGGACCGAGCAGGGUCUGAAUGGGAGAUGCAGACUUCAGUUGCUGGAGUCUGGUAAUGAGACGGAGAAUGAAAAUGAGGAUAAUGAGAACAAUGAGAACGACGAGGAAAGAGAGGAAGAAGAUGAAAGUAGAGGCCCCCUGGUGCCGUUCAAAAUUCCAGCUGGGGCGUGCAAUAAACUUAUGUGGUUGACCAUGUGGCCGCUGUCCCUGCUCCUGUUCCUCACCGUGCCCAACUGUGCCAAGCGCCGCUGGGAGAGAUGGUUCCUAGUGUCCUUCUUCACGGCCACCAUGUGGAUCGCUGGCCUCUCAUACAUCAUGGUCUGGAUGGUGACUGUGAUCGGCUUCACGCUUGGUAUACCUGAUGUCAUCAUGGGCAUCACCUUCCUGGCAGCAGGCACCAGCGUCCCCGACUGCAUGGCUAGUGUCAUAGUUGCACGGCAAGGUCUGGGAGACAUGGCCAUCUCCAACUCCAUAGGCAGUAAUGUGUUUGACAUCCUGGUGGGUCUGGGCCUGCCCUGGGCGCUGCAAACCCUCUGCAUCGACUACGGCUCCAUCAUCCAUCUUAGCAGCAGAGGUCUCAUAUUCUCUGUUGGACUCUUGCUUGCCUCAGUAUUCUUCACAGUUAUCGGUGUCCAUUUAAACAAAUGGACUCUGGACUGGCGACUGGGCUUGGUCUGCCUCGUCAUGUAUGCCGUCUUCCUGUGCUUCUCCAUCCUCAUCGAGUUCAACGUCUUCAUCUUCGUCAACCUCCCAACGUGCCGGGACAUCCACUGA